GCCCAGCCCUCUGGAAGAUCAUCUGUCUGUGAGGAGUGGGUUUGUGGGUUUGUACUUCCCGGCUGCAGCUGUACGUAUAGGGUCAGAGGCACUGAGGGAUUUGUAAACUUGUGAUCCAUAUCACCAGCAUUGAGGGUCUCCUCUUCUCUGUUUGGUCACUAUAGGACCGUCUCUCCUCAAGAACCCGGGGGGCGGUAAAGCUGAGCUCUCUGAGAAGUCCCAAAGCCUGUAAUUUAACAGCAACUUUCCACGAUAACAUCCACGACAUCUCCGGAUCCACCUGCCGUUUUGAGAGCGAUUCAAAGCUGCACCUGUUUUCCGGAGUCAUGCCUGUGGGAAGACCUGCCACCACGGCCAAGCGGACAAAGCUCUCCAAGAUCGUAACCGAUCUAUCACAUAUCGCUCAGGAUGAGUAUGAGUCGGAGCCAGAGGCUUCGGAGUUUGACCUGGGAACAAAGAUCAGGACUCCCAAAGACAUCAUGCUGGAGGAGCUUUCCCUGAUGAAGAACAAAGGCUCCAAGAUGUUCAGGAUGAGGCAGAAGAGAGUGGAGAGGUUCAUCUACGAGAACAACCCCGACAUCUUCAGCAGUGAGACUAUGGACAACCUCCAGAAGUUUGUCCCCUCUCUGGGAGCUCAGAUGGGGGGUGACAUGAUAAAUGUUGGUGGCCAUUUCAUUAGCAAACAGGUUGGACUGCAGCAUUUCGGAGGGCCGGGGGCCGGAAGAGGGCCCCCCGUGCCUCCUCCGAAGCCUGGAAGCAAAGGUGCAGGAGCAGGAGGUGCAGGGGAUGCAGGAGGUGCAGGGGGACUGGGUGGGGGCGACCUUGGGAAAGGCGAACAGGGAGAAGGAGCUAGUGAGUGGACCCCACUGAAAGGAGGUGGAAGUGACGAUGCCUCUGGGAAGCUGCUUCUUAUGAAGACAUACAAGUCGCCCUGGGAGAAGGCCAUGAAGGGCGAUGAAACCCUCAUCGCCACCAUGAAAGGAGGAAUGCCAGAUUUCAACAAAAACGAUGCGCUAAAGUACAAAUGUUUCAACAGGUCUGCCAUGCCCUAUGGUGGCUUCGACAAGGCCAACCAGUUCAUGAAAUUCCAGGUGCCAAAGAGUGAGGCCAAAGAGGAGCCUGAACCAGCGGUGGUGUACCAACCGGACAUCGGCUGCCGGCCUUCCUUUAACCGCACUCCCAUCGGCUGGGUGUGCAGCGGCGAGCCCGGCACCAUCAACAUGGAAACAGAAGCUGUGGCUUAUGAUGGAGAGACUGACGAGCUGUGAAGAAAAUAGCCAGAAUGUCAUCACACACACUGUGCACACGCAUGCAUACAUUAACGUGUGCAUACACACAGAUGCGGUAGAUGAGCUUAGAGUUAACUGUUGGGCUGGUGAAUUUGAAUUUCUGGAUAACUGAAAGCGUGGAGGAGAGGUGGACAUGUUCUUGUGUUGCUCUGUUUGCGGUUGUUGUGCUGGGAAACAAGCAGUAGAUGCCGAUGAUGGGAUGAAAACAUCAAACGUUUGGCUCAAGAGUUAAGUCCAAACACGGAAGUUACAGAUUUGGUCAAUGAGGAAAGAAUGAAUCAAGUAUGAUGGAUAGAUUUAUGCAAUGUUAUAGCUUUGACAAUGUCUUGAUGUCAAACCGUUUCCUAGUGCAUUUUUGCUGUUAAUAUUCUGUUUUUACAACACAAACCUGUCUGAUUCAUUAUGCAUGCAAAGCAUCAGCUACUAAUCCAUUAACUUACUGUGAAAACACAGUUUCUAAACUAUAGGCCGUUUCAAACUGUAACAGUCAUCUUGUUAAGUGAUUAAACUGUCAAGGGAAAUCA